UAUAUAUUAUAUAAAAAAAAUGCAAUAAUAAACAGCAGAAGAAUAAGCAGAGAAAGAAGCAGAGAUUAAAGAGGCUUUUGAGAUAUUUGAUAAAAAUAAAUCGAAAAGUAUAUCCGGUAAGAAAUCAAAUGUUAUAAAUUGAAUAUAGUAUAGGAACUGACUUCAGUUUUUCGUUCUUUAGGUUACAACUUUUCAUAGGAUGAAAUAUAAUCGAUGGUGAAAGAAUUGAGAUAAACCUAGAAAGCAGAAGGAGCAGAAGACAAGGAAUUAGACUUUGAUGAUUUUAAGAAUUUAUUAUUAAUGUAAGAGGAGAAGGCAAAGAGUGGAGAAGAUGAUUUGAGAGAUGCAUUUGAGGUUUUUGAUAGAGAUGCAAAUGGUUAUAUAGGAAUAGAAGAAUUAAUGAUGGUAGCUAAAAGUCUUGGUGAAAAUAUUUCUGAAGAUGAUUUGAAAGGGAUGUUGUAAUAUGCAGCAAAUACAUCAAAUUAAAAAGAUGAUGAUAAAGAUAAAGUGCCUUAAAUAACUUUACAAUAAUUUGUAGAAGCUUAUUUAAAAUGAAAU